UCUCUCCCAGCCCUGGCAGGGAGCAGGCAGGCAACCCCCAGGAGGCGACCGGCUCCCGGCUCCCAUCACUGCGAGGUGCGGGGCGAGUCUCGGCCCCAUCGCCCCGUGGUAGGAGGCGAGUCUCCGCCCCAUCCGUGUGAGGGGUUGCCCCAGUGGGCGGGCGGCGGCGGGUCGCCUCCUUCGGCGCUGCGCGGGGUCCGCUCUGGGGGGAGCAGGAGGCGGAGCCGCCGCCCCGGCUCCGGCUCCGGCUCCGGCUCCUCAGGCCCGGGAGCGCCAUGGCCCAGGCCAGAAUCAGCUCUAAGGCCAGCGAGGGACCGACGGCGGGGCAGCUCCGCGGGCGCUUCUUCCGCUCCACCUCCAUGGCCGUCUGCUCCGGCCGCCUGCUGCAGAACCUGGACGAGCUGGAGCUCAGGGUUGAAGCCUUGCGUGAUGCAGCAUCUGCUAUGGAACAAGAAAAAGAAAUUCUGCUAGAAAUGAUUCAUGGUAUACAGAACAGCCAAGAUAUGAGGCACAUCAGUGAAGGUGAAAGAGAAGAACUUUGCCUGACUGCGAGUCGUCUGAUGGGCCGAACCCUCACUGUUGAGGUUUCUGUAGAAACAAUACGAAACCCACAGCAGCAGGAAUCCCUUUUGCACGCCACAAGGAUGAUUGAUGAAGUAGUCAAUAAACUCCUUGACGAUCUGGAAGAUUCCAAAAGCCGUUUAAUGUCACUUUAUGGUGCAUGCACGUCUGAGGUACCAUCUGGACCCAUUGAUCAGAAAUUUCAGUCUGUUGUAAUUGGAUGCGCUAUUGAAGAUCAAAAGAAAAUCAAAAGGAGACUAGAGACUCUGCUUAGAAAUACAGAAAACUCUGAAAAGUCAAUCAUGUUGUUAGAACAUCCAAAAUCAACUGUCCAACAGCUUUGCAACAACGAACAGGAUUAAAGUAGUGCUAGCUAUUUGAGCAGAUCAAAGUUAAGUCUCCAUAAAGAUUGCACGGAAUGCAAAGAGAAAUGUUACUUUUUAGCACUAAACUAAUAAUACUUUAGAGUGCUGGGUGCAAAUAUUAAAUAAAUACGGAUAGCACUGCCUUAGGUAUCAGAAAGAACAUAGAUAUUUUCUUUCACAAUGAAGAUGUGAUCUAAGACUGCUAUCAGGUUUGCUCCUCCAGACUUAAAUUUUAUUGGUACUGCUGCUGCAAAUUGUAAUUAAUGUACUUCUGCUGCACUCUUAAAGCUAAUCAGAAUCUAAUUUCUUUCUCUUAAAUUUUUGAAAACUUAAGCUGUUGUGUCAUGUACUAAGAUUUUACCUAGAAAUUUUUUUUUUCCUUUGGUGAAUACUUUGUAUGAAACAGACUUAUGAGAAAAAGACAAGUCACGCAAUAAACAAGAAGAAAAAAUUGA